AUGGGAGGUUCGGCUCGGGAGAGCUCGGAGGACUGCCGAUUUCUGGACGCAGAAGCAUCCAAGGCGCAGAAGAAAACCUGCACCAGAUACCAGCUCUGCGGACUGCUCCUCAGCGUCCUGCUCGUUUCUCUUAUUCUGAUAUUUUUUGGUGUCAAGUAUCUCUGGAACCCAACACCCAGAAAAGUUUAUGACAUGGAACACACCUUCUUCAGCCAUGGUGAGAAGAAGAAGAUUGUGAUGGAGAUUGACCCACUGGCCAGGACAGAAACCUUCAGGAGCGGGAAUGGCAGUGAGGAAAUCUUGGAGAUCCAUGACUUCAAAAAUGGAAUAACUGGCAUCUUCUUUGUGGGACUUCAAAAAUGCUUCAUCAAAACUCAGACUAAAGUCCUCCCUGAGACGACAGAGGCCAAAAUCCCUGAGCUUGAGGGAGAAGAAAUCACAACAACCUACUUUGAGCAGUCUGUGGUCUGGGUGCCUGGGGAAAAGCCCAUUCAGAACAAGGAGUUUCUGAAGAGCUCCAAAAUCUUUGACAUCUGCAGAAACGUGACCAUCUACUGGAUUCACCCCACUCCGAUAGCAGCUCCUGAGCUGGCCAACCUUGAAGGGGCAGAAGAAGAAGACCCUGAGCUGCUCAUAGACAACCAGAGCUGGCUGGACGGGAGGAGUGAACAGGAGGUGGAGAAAGAUGCUCAGCCAGGCCCCAGGCGUCGGGCACGGCAGCUCACCGAGGAGGACCUGCCCAUCAACGACUACCGUGUCUUCACCAUGUUCCUGGGGCGUUCUGGUCAUGUUCCUGAUGUUCCUGGG